CUGGUCGAGCGACGCUCACACACAGCGGGAGAGAGAGAGCGACGCGCAGCAGAGCGGACGAGUGGAUGACGACAGACAGUCAGGAUGCGUGAAUACAAACUGGUUGUUUUGGGAUCAGGAGGCGUCGGGAAGUCAGCUCUGACUGUCCAGUUCGUUCAGGGGAUCUUCGUGGAGAAAUACGACCCGACGAUAGAGGACUCCUACAGGAAGCAAGUGGAGGUGGACGGACAGCAGUGCAUGCUGGAGAUCCUGGACACAGCCGGAACAGAGCAGUUCACGGCCAUGAGGGACCUGUACAUGAAGAACGGUCAGGGUUUCGCGCUGGUCUACUCCAUCACAGCUCAGUCCACCUUCAACGACCUUCAGGACCUGAGGGAGCAGAUCCUCAGAGUGAAGGACACCGAGGACGUUCCCAUGGUCCUGGUCGGGAACAAAUGCGACCUGGAGGUGGAGCGAGUCGUGGCCAAAGAGUCGGGCAUCGGCCUCGCCCGUCAGUGGAACUCCUGCGCCUUCCUGGAGACCUCGGCCAAGAGCAAGAUCAACGUCAAUGAGAUCUUCUACGACCUCGUCCGACAGAUUAACAGGAAGAGUCCGGUUCCAGGAAAAGACCGUAAGAAGCCCACCUGUCAGCUCCUCUAAUGACCGUUUCAACUCAACCAACAACCUUCAAACCAACCAGUCACAGGACAUCUUCCAGCUGGCCCCACCCCUUUAACACAACCACGACAUCAUCAACAUCGGCCACCUCUAAACCUGUUACCAUGACGACCACUUUUCCCACGCCUUCAGUGAAGAGUGUUGCCUUGGAAACAUAAAAGCCAAACAUAGAAGAUGACGAUGAUGAUUCU